CAAAAGAGAGAGACUUAUCGAUAACUAACAUUUGUCAUACUACGAUUCAACAAACUUGAGAUAGACAAUUAUUAAUUCAAGAAGAAAGCUCUCAUCUUAAAGUUGGAUAUGAGAUUUUCUGAGCUGAGGUAUCCCUUUAUGUGAGCACAACUUGAUGAAAAGAAACUAAAAUCCGCGGAUUGAUUCCAGAAUCCAACGGAUAAGAAACCGAUACAAUUGCAUAAUUCUUUGGUAGAAUUAAUGGAGGGAAGGCUGAGGGAGGCUGCUCAAAAAGGAGAUGUGCAUCACUUGCGAAGCUUGAUCGACGAAGUCCCUUUUCUGCUCAGGACAGUUUCAUUAGCAGGUACUAAUGAAACUCCUCUCCAUGUUGCUUGUUUGAGUGGCCAUCUUGAGUUUGCUAAGGAGAUCAUUCAUUUGAGGCCAGAAUUUGCAAGAGAACUAAACCAGGAUGGUUUCAGCCCUUUGCAUAUCGCCUCAGAAAAUGGAGAUAUAGAGAUUGUGAAGGAGCUCUUGAAUGAUGACCGUAAUCUAUGCCUUCUCAAGGGGAAGGAAAGACGAACUCCUCUUCAUUAUGCCGUAAUCAAAGGCAGAGAAUAUGUCAUGAAAGAGCUUCUUGUAGCUUCACCAGACUCUGCAGAAGAAGUGACUGCUCGUGGCGAGACUAUCCUUCAUUUAGCUGUCAAGAAUCAUCAGUUUGAAGCAUUCAAAGUAUUACUCGAGAACCUUAAGGAGUUAAACAAGUAUGAUCUCUUAAAUAAAAAGGAUAUCCAAGGAAACACUGUUUUGCAUCUUGCUGUGUCAACUAAGCAAUACGAGGCAAGUUUCAUCAUUAUGCCUCUUUUAUCUCUUCAUGUUGAUUUUUAACUUUAUUUAACAUAUGAGAGAAAUGAUUCAUCCAGGUUGUUGAUAUAUUUCUCGAUGAAACUGUUGUUGCUAAGGGCACAAUUGAGAU